AUGAAAAGAGCCAAUGUAAAGCAGCGAACCACCAGUGAUGCAAAUAGGCUGUACGAAGAAGAAAAACCAGCACCAGCGCCUGCGCCAGCGCCAGCUCCCACACCUGCACCAUCCAAACCUACAACUGCUGCUGAACCGCAGAGGCCGAUUGCUCACGCCCAUCACAGAAACAAUGCCAAUAAUGUCAGGAUGAGCUCAGAAGAAUUAUAUAUGCAGGAUAAGAUGAAGCAAAUUCGGAUAUUCUUACUCCAGGCUGAUUACCGAGCAUCAGCUAUGGAAAUGCUCAAUCAUGCUACAGGACGAGCCCGAUCCCCUUGGACACAAAAUAUUUCCGAUGGAGUCAUGCGGCUGUCUAUAGCUAAUGUACUAGUCAUGCAACACAAGUAAGU